AUGAAAGGCUCUUCUCUCGGCAUUCUCGCCAUCCUCCUUCAGGCGUAUGCUGCAUACGGCAGGAAAGUCGAGCCAGACGAAGUCGGCGCACCGGGAAAAGAGCCCUAUGUCGAGGGACAUAGUGUCCGGUGGGGAACCGGCCGUUAUCGCGGGAGCUAUCACUGCGAAGAAAACGAGACCCCCUUUAUCACUCCAGACAAAAAGCACGCCACUUGUUGUCUGGAGGGAGAAAGCCUCAAAGGGUCUGCGGACACUGAAUGGCACUGCUGCGCGGAGGGCCAUGACGUGACCGGCUCUGCGGAUGUUGGAUAUGAGUGCUGUGUGAAAGGCUCCGUCUAUGACGGCGAGAUGUGCAAGAGAGCAGAGAAGUGUCCCAAUGGCCAAGAGAUGGUCGACGGAAAGUGCCAGUGCCCUAAGGGCCAGACCAUGGCCGACGACGGCACCUGCAAGCCCGUCAAAGCUGCCAAGUGUGACUCUGGUUUGAAGACAGGCAAAUGCUACUUCCUCACUGGAAGGUCGGAGAAUUAUUUGACUUUCAACGGCGGCCAGUACUCUGAAACCAAGCUGAGCAAGUAUAUCCGGCCUGCAAAAUUCCAACUUUGCAAGGAUGAAAAGUGCACGCCAGGCCUGCCGGUCAAUCCAAGCGACGAAGUCAAAAUCAAGGACCUUCAUGGCAGUCUGCCUUACGCAACCGAUGCCAACCAAUGGGUGGACAAUAAACAGAAUGGUGCCCACAUCGGCAAGACUCCUGACUAUGAAAAGGCUGGGAACUUCUCGUUCACCAAGUGGCCCUGUGGCAAAUAUUGCCUUACAGGGUUCAACCAGGGUCUUUCACAAGCUUGUCCAGACGUCAGCCCGGGUAUCUCCUUCGACAACAAGGCAACCGACUCGUGCAUUGAAUUCGAACUCCUUGAGGUUCCAUGUGAUAUCCGCGCCGACAAGAACAAUUGCAUCUGGAAGAACAGCAAGAACCAAUGCUGUGGCAAGAUCGACUGUUCUGCCGAGGAAGAAACCGAGGAAGGUACGAAGCCCUAUUGCCCGACGCAAGAUGGCACGACUCGUGUCUUCAAUGGGAUUGAAUUUGACGUUAUUUGUGGAAAGGCAUAUAGCACAAACACGGACAUGAUCACGGUUCGAAAGGAUGUGACCGAUCCAGAGACAUGCUAUAAAGAGUGUGCUGCGAAUCCGAAGUGUCAAGGUGCCAAUUGGAGAUUCAGCAAGAACUACUGCUCUCACCAUCCUUAUUACGAAGAUCAACCGAAGACUCAAAAUGCUGGAGAGGACUGGGUGACCUUCCGUCCCACGGAGAAGCGCUAG